UUAGAUUAGAGGAAUAUUUGGAAACGAGGCGAUGACGGAGUUAUCGCCGUCGGAGAUCGAGUACGUGAGAUAUGGUGGUGAGCACCACCUGCCGCUCAUCAUGGGACUCGUCGACCGCGAGCUCAGCGAGCCCUACUCCAUCUUCACCUACCGCUACUUCGUCUACCUCUGGCCCAACCUCACCUUCCUCGCGUUCCACGGGGAGAAGUGCGUCGGGACGGUGGUGUGCAAGAUGGGGCAUCAUCGGAACAUCUCACGGGGAUACAUCGGGAUGCUGGUCGUCAUCGAGCCCUACAGGGGCAGGGGCAUCGCAACAGAACUUGUUACUAGAUCUAUCCGGGUGAUGAUGGAAUCCGGAUGUCAAGAGGUAACACUGGAAGCUGAAGUGACAAACAAGGGAGCUCUUGCAUUAUAUGGCCGCCUAGGGUUUAUCAGGGCGAAAAGACUGUUCAGAUACUAUUUGAAUGGCGUUGAUGCUUUUCGCCUAAAGCUAUUAUUCCCCAAAUGCAACCCCAUGUUGCUAGCUACAUCGAAUAAAAAUGGAGGCGAUGACCAACCUAUUAAUCGUUUAUAGAUGUCUCAGGAUUUCUAGCCCAUUUGGUCAUCCGGGCAACCGUCUGCCAGGGGAAUUAAGUAUGCUGAAUCUGAUGAUUCACCGUCGCAUUUAACGAUCUUGAGCAUGAUCUUUCUAUUGAAGCUUUUUGUGACAACAGCUUCUGAAAAUUUUUUUCGGCCUCCAUUUGGAGCUGCAAAGCAUUCGGCUGCAGAGACCAUAUCGGUGAUAUUUUCUUGUUCCGUUGAUAUAGUCGGUGUUUCCUAAUUAGGGCACGGGACAUCUGAAAUGAAAAUAUUGAAGAAUAUUGUGACAUCUUGUGUUAUAUUAAAGAAUAUGCUCUCAAUUACGGUA